AUGUUAAGGAUAACAGUGAAGGAAAAACCGAUAUUUAAGAAGAAACGUGAUAAUUACGCAAGAAAGUUGAAGACUAAGAAACUUGUUAACUAUUUACAAAGCGAGUUACGGACUACUACAACACAUGGUUUAGCUUACAUCGUUAAUCCUGAGAUACACUGGUUCGAAAGCCAAACUGGUAACGGAUCCGAAACAACUCUCGCAUCAUAUUACAUAGCUAUUUCAUCCGUCUCCCUGGAAUCCUUAAAUGUUCUGGAUUUACCACCACCCGAGAUAUUAAAGCAAGUAAAGCCUGAAAACUAUGCUAUAAUAGCGGCGGACUUAUUCAAUAAUUUUGAUAUGAACACUUUGACGACCCACCUCAAAUGGCCUAUUACGUUGGACGCAACAAUGACUGAGAUGGGAAUGUGUCAUCUUAUAAAUUCCAACGUAGGGAUCCUUGACGACCCAACCAAGUGGGGUGACAAUACUGUGCAAUAUGUAAAGAAAAACAUCGAGCUCUCCGUGCACGACAUCGAUUAUUUCGUUCAAGUUCUGAAUUACGCCGAUGCCUACAAGGUGAUUGUCCUUCACGCUUUACUGAACUACCUUACAGAUGACGAAAAAGUGUGCAGUCUAUCUGAACUGGAAUGCCUUAUUGAAUACAAGAAAGAAAUCAUGACACUCUCGACUACGAACGAAACUAGGAGAAAGAUGGACGACAUCGACAAUUUGCCAAAGUGUUCGCGCGAUUGUGGAUGUUUGGGAAAUUGUGAGGCGGACGUCUACCAAAACGACUACGAAACUUUUCUACCUCAAAAGACAAUGAAUCGGCUCAAAGUCAUGGUAUCGGCAUUUCCUAAAGUGCGAGUAAUGAGAGAGAUUAUAUUCAGCUUUUAUGAUUUAUUUUUGAGAAGUGGAGGUGUGGUAAAUUUGUGUAUUGGGACUUCAGUAAUAUCGCUAAUGGAGUUAAUAAUGACAGCUUUAAGAAUUCCAAUUUAUGAAAUAAUGCAAAUCGCAAAAGGGAUUUGGCGAAGAUAUACUAGACCACAAAUUCAAAAGAUGUCUCUCAUCAAAAAACAGAGUUAA